AUGACAGCGACCGCCGCCAUCGUCGGCAGCGCGGGGGCGUACCGGCAACAGGAACGGAUACACCGGAGCUGGGGCUCAGACGAAGACUCGCCAUGGCAGCCAUGGCGUCCUCGAGAGCGUCCCCCAUUCUCGAGCUCCCGCUCUCGCCACACGUACGGGUACUACGGCCAGCCGCCUCCCAGCCUGCACGAGCACUACAUCCACCAUGUCGAAUGUCCAGGCGCUCAAUGCCACUACCGAUCUUUCCUUACCGACUCCAUCCAGCGAUACAACGAAUCCCGGCGCGCCCUGCGCCAAACCUACAUCUGGAACCUGCGCGAACUCUCGCACAUCCACGCCGCCCAGCCGCAAAAGUCUACCCAGGACAAGAGCGUCGAAGCCGAGCGAUUAUACACAUACUACGUCUCACGCGUGCGUUCCGUAUUCGAAGAGCACCGACGGGACCACCGGCGCUUAUUCGGACAAGACUACCUCUGCUGGGCAGCGCCGGAGCGCGAGGACCCAGCGCAGCUGCAGGUGCGGUCGCGGAUGGGGAGUCCCGGGACCGGGAACGGGGUCGGGGUGCGGGAGAUCAUUCGUGGGACGUCUGUGAUUGAGGAGGGGAGGGAGGAGGGGACGGAUUGUGAGGAGGGACGGGAGAGGAAGGAGAGUAAAGAUAGCAAGGAAGGAGGGAAGGGCGUACACCGAGUCAGUAGGGGAAUUAGGAGGAAGAUCCGAUCCAAGACGAAGAGCGGCUCGACAGAUUGA